AUGUCAGUACAAUGGGCAGAUUGCAGGCCGUGGGCGACGAGAGCAGCCGCGAGUCAUCGCAGGCAGGACGCCGACCAGAAUCGCUUCCGCGAUGCCACAAUAGCAGUCUGUGCUCGUUACCAAGAUGCGGUUGAUGCACGGGGUCACCCUAGCCGGCUCCACCUUGAGCCUCAAUGCACUGUCUCCGGGCGAUCGUCUCACCCUUCUCAUGCUUUACCCUCGCAGAGCAGCUCGGAACACCCGCUCCUCGCACCCUCGAGCAGGGCGUCAUCUCGGGAUACGACCGGGCAGAUGCACCAACCUUCUCUCUACUCAGAGACGGGCCAGCGACUGCAGUGUGGCUUUGGCGCCGACCUGUCACAUUUGACCGGUAAAACUGCGACAGGGCACCAACGUUUCACAACCCCAGCUUCCGCGUGCAUCAUCUCCGACGGCGCGUUUUCCAACCAACACCGCUCGGGCACCAGAGCAUGGAGCGCCUGGCAGCCCAACCCCCAUAGGGCUCCAACUGCAUCCAAGCGCUUUCUAGAAGCCUCCCGCUUUCGUGUUAGGGGCACGCUGACCGCUGCCUCGCAAUUUGAAAGAAUGUCCGCCCACAACAGUCCGCGUCACAGAGUGCGUCGUGCGCAGCCCCCUUGUUUCCAGAAGACUACCCCUUUUACCCUAAUUUUCCGCGGCUGGUGCCUGCCCGGCCCUGUUUUCGCCGGUCGGGACCGCUGCGUCAUCCCGCGCUCACGUUGUGCAACGCGGUCAGUUCGGCGCGGCACGUUGCGGAGGUCUCAGCUUUGCGUUGCAUUGGCGGCGUUGGGACGCACCUGGGUAACUGGCCGCAUCGCAAGUACAAAUGCUUCUUCUUGCGCGAUCUUCGAAGGAACCCCAAUUGACAAUGUAGGUGUUCUCGGAAGCUGUAGGCCGAAAGGCGAUCGAGAUCCGUACCUGCGCUUGCCCCUUUUACCGAAUGCAAUAUACGUACAGGCACCAUGGGCAUGCUGCAUCAUAUACAUGCACAGAUGCUUCAAGACGUUGGCGGUUAAUUUGUACACUUCUCAUGCUCUGCGUGUCGUUCAUAUCAUGUCUAAGACGACUAAAUGUCCUAGACUAAUCACCGCCGUCAAUGGAGGCAAGCAGACAUGCGGGGAAAGCCAUGUAUGGGAUACUGACCCAUGGAGCCAUGGGCCAGGCUCCUUCGUCGAUGAUUUGCGAGCUAUCCAGUAA